GCACGAAAGUUAUUAUAACCGGUGGAGGUGAGCGAGCACGUGUUCUCUACUUGAAGCUGCGACCAACUAAUAUCAACGAGUCUCCGGGAACGAAAACAUCUUUAUUCCAUCACGAAUGACUUAAUGGUCUGUGGUUCGUCGGCCGUGUCACUGCCAGCUGAGGUGGGAGGGGUCUCUGCCCCUCAUCCCCUUCCCCCGCCCCGCCGGCCCGCCGCCCCGCAGCCCCGCAGCCCCACCACCAGCGCCCCUUCAGUCCCGGCAAUACACUCCCACACGCUUUAAUCCUCCACACAUCCUAAACCUUCUCCGAGACGCCCCAUGCAGAUCCUUUCCACACACUCCUUCACUUCCUCCGUCCCAUCCACGCCUCCCCUCCUUCCCGCCCCCAUUCUCCCCUCAAGACGCCCACGCUAAGGCUGUGAAAAAAUUUAAAGUAGAGAUUUUCCGGCAUGUCACACAGGCUGUGGAAUGAUCGUGUAAAUCAAUAGUGGUGCUGGCGGGAUCAUGGAAACGUGCCUUCCCUCGGGGACCCGCGGCCCAUUCCGAGGCUGCCCAAGCCCCGCCAGGGCAGCGCCGGCCUACCGCCAGUGAUCUGUGGCCCACGGAGGCCGGUACAUCUUCCACAACUGCCGCUACUGAGAAGCGAUGGUGCUGCAAUCCGUCCCCGAGUCCCUGGCCUGUACUGCCUCCUGACCAUCUCGCUGGUCGCCGCUGCCCUGAGGCUUCUCGCGCCCUGCCAUGGCUGGAGGCAGGAGGUGAGGUGGUGCAGCGCCAUGGACAACUUGACACUCACCAAUGAUACCAACGUCACCUUCUCCCACGACUGGACGAGGAUCAUUCUUGAGACCAGUCAGCAGAACUACCUGGGCACGGGGGCGCGGGCGGCCCUCAUCACGGUGUACGCGCUGCUCAUGACUGGCGGCAUCCUAGGCAACCUGAUCCUGGCGGCGGUGAUCAGCCGGCGCCCUGAGUUGCGGCGGGAGCCUCACAACGUGUACAUCAUUAACCUGACGGUGUCUGACGUGAGUCUGUGCGUGGUGUGCAUGCCCUUCACGCUGCUGGGUCUGCUGCACAGCCACUACACGCUCGGGGACAUCAUCUGUAAGUUAGUGCCGAUGCUACAGUGCACCAACAUCUUGGUCUCCACAGCAACCAUCGUGGCCAUCGCCGCUGACCGCUACUUCACCAUCGUGCGCGUCACCGGGAACAGUCGGGGCCGCGCUCGCGUGCCCUGGUCAGUGGCGGCCAUCUGGCUCGUGUCACUGGCCUUCACGCUGCCGCUGUUCGCUUACUACUACGUGAAGCGCGUCAUGUUCCGCGAGCUACUGCUGUACGAGAAGUGCGUGGAGACGUGGCCCUCACCGGUGGUCAAAUAUAGCUGGACCAUCGCCCUCAUCAUCAUGCAGUACGUCAUCCCUAUCCUGGUGCUCAGUAUCGUACACGGCCGCAUCCACAACUACCUGAGCUCGCACGCCAUGAACCAGCGCGACCCGCGGCGGGCACAGCGAGACAUCGAGAGGAACCGCCGCACCACCAUGCUACUCACGUCUGUCGCCGCCACCUUCGCCGUCUGCUGGCUGCCCUGGCACGUGGUGAACCUCCUGGCGGACUUCAAUUACGCAGGAUUUGUUGAGGCGCCAGAGUACUUCUACGUGGUGUUCGGCUCGUGUCACGCCAUCGCCAUGAGCUCGGCGUGCACCAACCCGGUACUGUACGGCUGGCUCAACACCACCCUCAGGAACGAACUCUCGGCGCUGCUCACCUUCAGUCGUUGUAGGUGCAGCAGAAGGAGGACCUCGGUUGGUGGGGCUGUGGAGGGCAUGUCCUUGCUUGUCCACCCUCCACGCAACGGCGCCCAGGGAGGAAUACGAAAGCAGUGCGUCCUGUCCAUCUCCCACGAGGUCACGGACAAGGAGGAGGACGGGAGGAAGGAGCGAGGCCUGAAGGAGGACAGCAGAUUCGAAAACAGCAAAGUAGAGUGCACGGAAGAAGACGAAAUAGAAAGGGAGAUGCAAACAGAGCCUCAUAAGUUAUUAGUGCUGAAGGACUGUGAGGAGGAGAACGAGGAGGGGAACAGAGCAAAGAACAACGAGGAGGGGAACGCAAAGAACAACGAUGAGGGGAAGAACCACAAGGAGCACAGUGACGAUGGGAUGAAGAGAGAGGAAGAUGGAAAGGAGGAUGACGAAGAGAAGAUAAGGAGACUGGAUUAUCACGAGGGAACUUCAUAGUCAUAUCAACGAAUCAACAUCACGAAGGCCUUCAACUUAGCGAUGGCGUGUUGGACGGAGACGAAGUAGAGCGCAGAAAACGACUGCAGCGGAGACGACAAUUGUAACGACCAAACAACAUAACGACCUUUAACCAACCUACCGCAUCACAUUCAUGCAGAACUAUGGUGCGUCUCUUUCUACCACCACCACCACCACCACCACCACAACGACCUCUAACCAACCUACCGCAUCUUACUUGUGCAGAAAUACUGUGAAUCUCUAUACCACCACCACUACCACUACCACCACGACCUUCCUCACCAAGAAAUAUCGGAUGAUGCUCCUGUACUUAAUGAGAGCGUGCUGCACUUUCAUCUCCUCAAAGUAUUGGCCUUUUUUUUUUUUUUUCAUGUGUGCCGGAAGGGUAGCAAGUAAUAAUAGCCUCCUCGAGAAGGAGAGAAAAUGUGGACUCUCUGUUCGCUUCGUGUAUUCUGUAUUAUGGCCACAUUUCUAAUUAUUGGGCUGAUUUUUACUUUUUUUUUUUUCUUUUUGAGAGGAGAAGAAUAUGUUGCUAAAUGUAUCAGACUGUGUUUCAUAUUCAUUUGUCUCUAUAUAUUUAUCUGUUUAUUUAUUUAUCUACCUGUCUAUUCACCUGAUUUUGUAAGAGGUUAAUGCCGUUAAUUCUGUAUAGUUUUAUGUUUACUGUUUAACUGUCUAUUCAUUCAUCUGUACCUAUUUAUUAAUCUGAUUCUGUGAGACAAGUAUACUGGUCUUGCUCACCACUUAUCUACAUAUCUAUUCAUAAAUCAGUUCAUUCACUUGUCUGUCAAAAUAUUUUUCUGAUUCUGUCAGAGGUAAAGAAACUGCUGGUCUUUGUAUGCUGUAUUAUUAAGUAUCAUGUAUUAUUCAUCAGUCCAUCUAUUCCUCUCUCUACUGAUAAACGUCCUAAGAGUAAGAGCAGGAGUAUGAGUGAACGUGAUGUGACACCAGAGAACACUUGCUUCAAAUAUCUUGUUCAGGUGACGGUUCGAACCAAGUAUAUCAACGGUUUCAGUUCGGCAUCAAAAACUUACCUUUAUAUAUAUAUAUAUAUAUAU